AAUGGCUGUCCUCUUCCACUCCAGUGAGUCGUACAUUAAUGUUGAAGUUGGUGAGUAUCAGGAGUUUUCCAGACCUGAACCUGAAGUCAGUUCUACAGAGAGGAACACAAAACCCAAGUUCAGACACUUCAGUGUGGUUCUGCUGAGCUUCGGCUUGCUGUGUGUUCUUCAAGGAGUCCUCAACAUCUCCCUGAGACUCGCUCUCAGUCAGCCCUGUCCGAAAGUUGAGAUAGUGGAACACACAUGUCCUAAGGGCUGGCUAAUGUUCGCGUCCAGCUGUUACUACAUCUCCUCACAGCAGAGAAACUGGGACAACAGCCGGAAGGACUGUCUGCAGAGAGAUGCUGACCUCGUGAUCAUCAACAGCAGACAGGAACAGGCCUUCCUCAUGGGCUUCACCAUGGCAGCAUGGGUCGGGAUGACUGAUAGAGAGGAGGAGGGAACUUGGGUCUGGGUGGAUGGAACAAGAGUGCAGAAAAAGAAGCUGCAGUGGGCUCUGGGACAACCUGAUGGAGCGUUUGGAGGAGAAGAUUGUGGUGAUCUUCGCACAAUGAUCGAUUUUAUUGGCUUGAAUGACUUUAACUGUAGCGCCAGAAGCCAGUGGAUCUGUGAGAAAAAGUUUCAGUAGCUUAGACUGUCUCAGUAUGACACACAGUCACCUUCAUUUACCAAAACUGUAUCAUAGAAUCUUAUUGUAUCUGAAGCCAUAUUAGGUUCGUAAAAACAAUGGUUCUCAAAGGUUGUUAUCCUUAAUUCUUCUCUAACAAGCUGAUUAAAUCGAAAUGCUUAAAUAUUUUAUACAUUCAUGCAGGCUAACAUCAGUCCUUCCUGGCUUAUUUUAGUACUUGCACUAAGAGAGAGAGAGAUAUCCCCCCAGGUUCACUUGAGGAUCCUUUCAGCUAUUUUUAAAGCACUCUGCAGUUUGGCUCUGUUAAUAUUUGCAGACUUUUAACACCUUAUUCCUCUCGGUUCCAUUUCUCUACUUUUGUCUUUGCUUGUGGUGGAUUAAUGAUUGACUACUCUAAAUAAAUGAUUCUCAAUCUUC